UGUCACUCUUUUUUCACUUCGUACUUUCUGUACAGUCGUCCAACAUGGCGUCGACUCAGAUACUACGGCAUAGAGCCUUGGGCGAUGCUCACGCGCCCUUGCUCAGAACCUCACAACGAUUGAGAUAUGCACCCUCGCGACCAUUUUCCUCAUCUCGCCCCUCGAACGCUCCGUUUGGCACGCGCCUCCGAACUGCCCUUCGCGAUACGAAAGUCGUCUGGAAGCCCAUUCCCAUUGGUCUCGGUAUCGCCUUCUUGGGUGGCUUCCAAUUCUACCGUACACAAGCUCGCCAUAAUGAGGAGGAGAAGGCUCGCCAGCAACAAGAACAAGAAGAUGGAGGAAAGGCUCCCAAGAGACAGCGCAUAAGACCCUCAGGUCCCUGGCAGGUCCAGAUCAUGUCGACCCUCCCUCUCAAGGCCAUGUCGCGUAUCUGGGGUCGCUUCAACGAACUCGAAAUUCCCUACUAUCUCCGCGUCCCAGGCUUCAAGCUCUACGGCUGGAUCUUCGGUGUCAACUUUGAUGAGAUCAACGAACCCGACCUCCACGUCUUCCCCAACCUGGCCUCCUUCUUCUACCGUACAUUGAAGCCUGGCGCUCGUCCUCUAGACCCCAACCCCAAUGCUCUCCUCAGUCCCGCAGACGGCAAAGUCAUUCAAUUCGGCACCAUCGAUAACGGCGAAGUCGAACAAGUGAAAGGCGUAACCUACUCCCUCGAUGCUCUCCUCGGUUCCCAAAAGCCCACCCGCGCAACUCCGAACCCCAAGCCCAGCGCCGACCGCAGCAAGUCUGCCGACCAAGAAAUUAUUCGCGCAGACGAGGAAUUCGCACAAGUCAAUGGUAUCUCAUACACACUGCCUAACCUCUUCUCCGGACCAGAGAGCAAGGACACUCCCAAGACGGCAACGGAAGAUCAAUCCACACCCGCCCGCGCCAGCUCCGAACAAGAAGUCCGUGACUCCCUCGCUCUAGGCGACGGCGGCACACCAGACUCCUGGUGGCAACCCGUAUCCACCUCCGCCCGCCCCACAGCCCUCUACUACGCAGUGAUCUACCUAGCCCCCGGCGACUACCACCGCUUCCACUCCCCCUGCUCCUGGGUCGUCGAAUCCCGCCGCCACUUCGCCGGCGAACUAUUCUCCGUAUCCCCAUACCUCCAACGCACACUUCCCGGCCUCUUCACUUUGAACGAACGUGUCGUAUUGCUGGGAAGAUGGCGCUACGGAUUCUUUUCUUACACCCCAGUCGGCGCGACAAACGUCGGCAGUAUCAAAAUAAACUUCGACAAAGAACUCCGCACCAAUUCCCUCACUACGGAUACAGCGGCCGAUAGAGCUGCAGCCGCUGCAGCGGAGAACAAUCAACCUUACUCUGGUUUCGCUGAAGCCACAUAUAAUGGUGCUUCUGCGCUUCUGCACGGUCAACCACUGAAAAGAGGUGAAGAAAUGGGUGGUUUCCAAUUAGGUUCGACGAUCGUGCUUGUGUUUGAAGCGCCGAAGGGCAGAAGACCCAGUUUCGACGAGGGAUGGGGAGAAGCUAGCGGCACUGAAGAGGAUAGAAGGGGUGGGUGGAGGUGGAAUAUUAAGCCUGGGCAGUAUGUGCAGGUUGGCCAGGCUAUUGGAUGGGUCGGCGACGAACAGGUCAAGUCUGAUGCUUGAUUUGUAAGAUUGAAGAUAUAUUAGAUGAGAGUACUAUGUUGUAUCAGUGUAUGAUUUGUACAAAUUUUCAUUUUCUGUUCAAAAAGCAUCUCUUCUUGCUUUUGGAUGAAGCUACUCAGCUAUGCCAUGCCAUGCUAUGCAGUAAAAAAGGCAAAAUGUCUAGUCUAGCGAAUAUUCUCCCAAGCCACGACUCCCUGCAAUGCAAAUCUAACGAGCUAUGCCUUCCCGAAACUCCUCAGCGAUGCUCAUCAUGACAAGGAGCGAUCCAUCUCCUCGAGUCCCUACAGUAAAACACACCCAUGCCCCCCUUUUCUCAUGCCAAUCAACCACUGGUCUUGGCAAACACAAAAUCAAUCCUCGAACUCUCCUCACAUACCAAUCCCCUCAAUACCACAUCCGCAAUCGCAUCCUCCGC